GUCUGGGGAAGGUACCUAGGUACCGGUUACUUGCGGCUCCUCACGGUCACGUCUGUCCUUGCCGACUUGAACCUUCAAAGCCGACGGCAUAGCACAUUCACGGCAUUAGGGACGGCUCAUCAUCCGGGACGGAGAUUUACAGUCGGUUUCUCUCCUUAUUUAUGUCAGUGAGAAUCAUUUUGAACUUCUGUCAAGCUGCAUACUGCUCCUUGAUUUCAUACUGGGCGCUUCAUUAACCCCAUCGCUCAUCAUGCGUUCCACACUUCGUGCAAAUCGUCGACUUCCUUUGAAGCCCCUCCCUCGAUUCCUCUCAACAUCUGCCCCUUCAAGCGCUUCUGCUUCUUCAGAAUCUGCACCAAAGCACACACCCAUCAAUUCUGUCCUUAUCGCCAACCGCGGUGAGAUUGCCAUCCGUAUCAACCGGACUGCUGAGCGCCUUGGCAUUCGGGCUACAACCGUCUACACAGAUGUUGACGCUGGUUCAUGGCAUGCUUCUUCGGGGUUUCAGUCUUUGGCGCUAGGCCCUGCAAACGCCUAUCUUGAUGGUGAGAAAAUAAUUGCUCUAGCGAAGCAAAACGGCAUCCAGGCACUCCAUCCCGGCUAUGGCUUCUUGUCCGAAAACUCCAAGUUCGCAGAGCGUUGCGAAGAGGAGGGUAUCGUGUUUGUUGGGCCACCCGCUACUGCCAUGGCCGAUAUGGGACACAAAGCCCGCAGUAAAGAAAUUAUGACAGCUGCAAAUGUUCCCUGCGUCCCAGGAUACCAUGGAGCAGACCAGGGCGAGCAAGAACUCCUGGAGCAUGCCAAAAACAUCACUUUUCCGGUGCUUCUAAAGAGUGUACGAGGAGGUGGAGGCAAGGGAAUGCGGAUCGUCCUGACCGAGGAGGAGUUCUUGACGCAACUUAGAAGUGCCCGUGCCGAAGCCAAGGCCUCAUUUGGUGAAGGAGGCGAGGUCAUGCUGGUGGAGAAGUAUAUCAUUCGACCAAGGCACGUCGAGGUGCAAGUAUUUGCCGACAAAUGGGGCAAUACCGUCGCGCUAGGUGAGCGAGAUUGCAGUGUUCAGCGUCGGCAUCAAAAGAUCCUUGAAGAAUCUCCAGCUCCAGAUCUAGAUCUGGCAACCCGACACGAUCUCUGGGACAAGGCAAGAAAAGCAGCGUCGGCAGUUGGCUAUGUCGGCGCUGGCACUGUUGAGUUUAUCCUCGACAAGGAUACCAACAAAUUCUAUUUCAUGGAAAUGAACACUCGACUACAGGUGGAGCAUCCUGUCACUGAGAUGGUGACUGGCCUGGAUCUAGUCGAAUGGCAAUUCCGAGUUGCUGCAGGCGAAAAGCUUCCACUCUCCCAGGAGGAAGUGGAAGCACAGAUGAACGAGAGGGGCGCCGCCAUCGAAGCACGGAUUUACGCCGAAAAUCCUGAAAAGGGCUUUAUUCCCGACUCCGGCAAAUUAGUGAGGGCUUAUCUCCCUACCGAAUUGCAGAACGAGGAUGUUCGCCUGGAUUGGGGAUUUCGAUCCGGUAAUACGAUCUCCGAAGCAUACGACGGCAUGAUCGCCAAACUUAUCGUACGAGGCGAUACGAGAGAACGUGCUAUCGCCAAAUUGGAGAGCGUUCUACGCUCAUACGAAAUUGUUGGUGUAGCUACAAAUAUCGAAUUUCUCAAGCGACUUUGCGAGACUGAUGCCUUUGUGGCUGGUGACGUGGAAACGGGCUUCAUCGACAAGUGGCGAGAGGAGCUUUUUAAACCCCGACCUAUUAAGAAUGAAGUUGUGGCCCAAGCAGCCCUUGGGAUGGUCAACUUUGAACUUCGAAAUUCUGGACCCCAUGGCUUGACACUUGGCUUUGGCGAGACCAACAACAUCGGGGAACGAAAGCUAAGCUUUAAAAUUCUUGAUGGGUAUAGCAAGGAAGAGGGCGAGGUCGUCGAGGCCAGCGUGACACAGACAGGUCAUAACCUUUAUAACAUUGCUGUCCACCGAAAAGGUGACGAGACACCUCAAGUGUUCACAAACAUUGCCUGCCAGCCAGAGCCAGAGGGUGAAGUGAUGAAACUCGAGUCAUACUUCCCCCUUGAGCGCAUUCAAUCGUCCGUGGUCCCUCAACACACAGACAAUGACACAAAGGUUACUGUUUUCCAGCAUGGCGUGAAAACAGAUCUUGUCCUUCUGCCACCCAAGUGGUACGAGAAGGCUCUUGGGCUCAAGGAGUCAAGCGCCUCAGUUGCAGCGCCGAUGCCCUGCAAGAUAUUGAAGAACGAGGUAGUGGAGGGUCAAACUGUGCAAAAGGGAGCACCGCUUGUGGUAAUUGAAUCAAUGAAGAUGGAAACUAUUAUUCGGUCGCCGCAGGAUGGCGUAAUCAAGAAGCUUGCACAUAAAGAAGGGGAUAUUUGCAAGGCUGGUACGGUACUUGUACUAUUCGAAGAAGGCGAAACAAAGGACGGAGAGUCAUGAUUGAUAUUGGAUACCAUGAUGUAAUGAAUUUGGCGUUAUUUAAAGGAGAUUGAAUGAUACGCU